ACAAACGUUGGUUAAAACCAACUUGAAAUGAUCCUGGAACCUUCGUCUUUUGAAGCCAACUUCAGCAGUGUGUUAUGUAACUCUCUUUACUCAGCAGCUCAUCGUUUCGUGGGUCUUGUUUUUGGUGGUGAGUUUAAGCAGCGCGUUACUAAAAGGUGCAUUGGAAUGCGUUGCUUAUCACAAAUUUUCGCUGAAUUGCACUAAAUACGUUAACUGGGUCCAACGUGUUGCACAGUAACGCCUUAGACUUCGCUAAACUCGUCUUUCUUGCAGUAACUUGGAGCUCUCCUACUGAACAUUUGCAGCAUCAACCGUCGGAAUGCUGCAGGGCUGGAAAGUGGUGUAUGGUUUGUUGCAUGAGAGAGAAAAAGAUAAACUCAGUCUUUAAGGUUCCUGUUGGUUUUUUGUUUUUGUUUUCGCGUCCGAGAUCCUUUUCCAGGUUUCGCGAGUUUCGUUACUAAGUCAUGAAUUUGCUGCUUCGGCGGCUACUAUGCGAUAUUUUUGUUUGUCUGGACCAGGAAUUGUUUGGAAUGCUGUAACCCUGCGACUCUGUGGCCGACUUCGGAUUCUAUCGACAAAAUGCAAUUUUAGAAUCUUUUACUCGACUACACGUGUACGGAUCCAUUCGACGUUAUUGUCUGAGUUGAGACGACCUAUAAAACAUUCGGUGGUUUGUGACACCAGUUGGAAAGGUGGACUGUCACAAAAAGGGAACUCCAUCGAGGAUGUGAAGGAUGACGUACAGAAGGAUGGAUCGGGUUCUUCCUUUCAAGAGUGGUUACAACAAGUCCAACGACUGCAUUUGACAUUGCCGGCUGCGUGUGUGGAUGUGUCGAAUAAUUACUCGGCUACUCCUUGUUCGGCUAUUGGAACAAAUAAACUGGGUUCAGCAACUAGGGUUUGUCCUUCUCCAUUUGAUGGGACACGCAUGAAACAAUGCCAGGACGAAUGGCUCAAUGUUCUGCAAAAUCAACUCCCUGACCUUGUUCAAGAACUGUACCGAAUGCAACCAUGGUUGGCUGUGUUUACUGUUCGAUGGAGUCUACAAACGUGUGUAGCAACACACGCUGAAUUCAGUGUCGUAAAUGCCUGUGUGCACCACUUCUUGCUCUUUUUUAUGCGAGCCCCAUUGCCUUUGCAGCUUGGCUUGUACUCGACGUUUCUCGACGUGCUUCCUCCGUUGACUAUUGCAUUGACCGAUUGUACUCGGUACUUGUGUUAUCGUACAUUGCUUGCAUUUGUUUUCGCUCACGAUGUGAAUUACAUAUCGGCAUCCUUUCUUGUUCAUAUGGCACGGUUGAUUUUUGGCGACAAAUUCCAGCCUCAUGAACGAACGAAACUAGAAGCGUUUCGUUCCACUCGUUUGAAAAUUGGAAUUUCCUCUCUGCUGCAAAUUGCCCGACGUUCGGAAGACGUCCGGUUUGCGUUGUUCCUCCAGCGGGUGUGGAAACAAUUUCGGGGCUCAACUGAUCUUCCCAAACGAUGGUGUGCAUUGUUGCUGCAAACGUUCUCUAAGCAUUCUUGUUUUAAGUUCGUACGGGAAAUAAUCACAGCAACAGCCCAUGUCGGCCUGCUUCCGUACAAACCGCCUGUUAUCGCUUCCCGGUUGAUGCCAUUCCUGCAAAAAGGAGAUGUUACUCGUAUCCAUCACGAAUUACGUCGUCUUCGUUUAUGCCCUGAAUUCCGUGGUGGAAACGAACUGAAUGCAUACGUUCUUCGUCAACUUGUACGCUAUAACCGGCUCGCACAAGCCGAACUCUUUCUCCAGCAUAUUUCCCCCAAUAGUGCACGAACCGAGGUAGUAAUAGCCGCCGUGUUGUUACUGUACAACAAGCAGCGCCGUUAUGAAGAAACAAUACAAUUGUACUCGCAAUAUUUCGGACGAAGUAUAUUGCAAGUAAUCGUUGGUCUCUUCAAAAAGUCUGCUUGGUCCCCCUCUCGAGCUCGGUCCAUCGUUCAUCGACAGAAUGCCGUUCAAAAAAUUGCAACCCAACAUUUAGUCUAUGCUCUUCUGCGACUGAACCCGCAAGCUUCUUUUGCGCUUGUCGGGCUUGGACAUUAUUUGUCUCUGUUCUCUCAAGUGACCUUUAACUCGUGCGACCGUCGAAUCAUCUGGCUUCUCGUUCGAUGUAUACUAGAUGACCAGUCAUGUACUAUAGCAGAUGCCAUGGAUAUGCUUCAAGCUUUGCGGGCUGCCUCGUACAUUCCUGACGCAACAAUCGCACUUAGCAAAUCCCUUCCACUUUUAAAUGCGAGAUUUCAUAACAUGGAUGAACUUCGCCACGCCCUCUUGCAGGAGUAAGUAACUUUGGUGCAGUUUAUGAAGCUACCCUCGCUUGACUUGAUUUCAACUAGUUCACAUCCUCGACCAGCGAGCAUGAAUUCCUUGCUACAAUAUUCCCCCCAUCACAUGCUUCAUGUAACUUUACAUCCACCGUUCUUUUGUAAUACCGCCCUUCUUCCGUUUCCUUUCUUUCGGCCGAUUAUAUGUGAUUUAGAGACAUUUUUAUUACUGUGGUUCAAAAAUAAAAUAGAAUUAAAGUGACCAAUUGGUUAAUAGUUACAUAUCGUAGUGCAGUUGUUUUAACAUGACUUGAGUGGUCGUAAAAUAAUAUAUUAGCAAUAUGUAUAUUGUCUUCCUACUGCAUAUGAGGCAAUUGGGUAUUAAAGUAAUCAGAUGCUAGUCAGUCAAUGAAAUUCAGUUAUCUC